AUGGCCGAAUAUGAUUAUCUCUUCAAGGUUGUUCUAAUUGGUGACUCUGGAGUCGGCAAAUCGAAUAUUCUCUCGCGAUUCACUCGUAAUGAGUUCAACCUGGAGUCGAAAUCAACUAUCGGUGUCGAGUUCGCAACCCGUUCGAUCACUGUUGACGGUAAGACAGUGAAGGCACAGAUAUGGGAUACUGCAGGCCAAGAGCGUUACCGCGCGAUCACCUCUGCGUAUUACCGUGGUGCCGUUGGUGCUCUGUUAGUGUAUGAUAUUGCUAAACAUGCAACGUACGUCAACGUAACGCGGUGGUUGAAGGAGCUCCGGGAUCACGCCGACUCGAACAUCGUUAUCAUGCUUGUUGGAAACAAGAGCGACUUGAAACACCUAAGGGCAGUUCCCACCGAGGAGGCGAAGUCCUUUGCAGCGGAGAAUGAGCUUUCGUUUAUCGAGACUUCGGCGCUGGACGCAUCAAAUGUCGAGUCAGCUUUCCAAACCAUCCUAACAGACAUCUACCGGAUCGUCUCGAGCAAGUCGCUUGAACAGUCUGCUGACCCCAUCAAGGGACCUACUAGUGAUACUAUUCCUGUAGCGAUUGACUCUUCCACACCUGCAACAGGUAGCAAAUGUUGUUAG